GGCUCGGUUUGAAACACGGAACUAGACAUGAAUGGGUAUUGGAUAGGGUAUGUCGUGAUCAGUAAAGCGCAAAUGUCUACAGUCACCCAGACAUGGACAGGUGACAGCCCUUGGUUAGUUUAGGCGUUGGGAGUGUACUCUGUCCAUUUCUUUUUUAUAGUCUGCCUGUCGGUUUCUAUCGGGACUAAUCAUGUUGUCUUUCGGGAAAAUGCGUAAACGCAUCGAGCCGGUGGUUUUAUGUGCCCAAAUAGCCAGCGCGUUUUUCGACACCGGUUUGCAGAUGGUGGUCAAGGAGAGAUGCGCCAACAUGACCGACGCGCUCUCUCCCACCCCCACCGAAGACAGCCGGCAAAAAGCCAUGUCCAACUUCUACAUGAUAUAUAAUAUGCUGGCCAAAUUCGUACCGAUCCUACCCGCUAUUCUUUUAGCCAAGGUAGGGGACCUGGGGUACCGGAAGAUCCCCAUUGUGAUCCCUCUGGUGGGUUACCUGGUCUCCAGAGUGGUCCUGCUCCUGGUCAUAGUGAUGGAUCUCCCGAUACAGGCUAUGUUCGGCGGGGUGGUGGUCCACGGACUCAGCGGCGGGUUCUGCUCCUACUGGGCCGGGGUCAUGGCCCUGGUGUCGCUCACCUCCACCGAGGAGGACCGCUCUCUCCACAUGAUGCAUAUCGAACUGGUCUACGGAGUAGCCGGUCUCAUCGGUAGUCUAGCGUCCGGGCACCUCUUCCAGUUGUACAGUGUGGAUUUUAAACAGGGGACUCUGUUAGUGAGCCUGAGUGUUUUCCUCUACUUUUUGUGUCUUAUCUACACAACCUUCUUCUUUCUAAUGCCAAGUGUCUCGACAAGCUCGCAAGAGCGCAACGAGACCAAUGGCUUCUUCAGUGAGCGAAAUUCCAGGAAUAUAUUGAACAUUCUGCUUCUCUUCGCGAGCGGUAUUUUAUAUGACGUGGCCGUCGGAGGUGGGAUGGAGAUACUGGUGACCUUUGAGAUGAAGGAGCCCCUGAACUGGAGUGCUACACAGGUAGGUUACGGUAACGCCGCCGGCUUCGUGGUCUUCCUGACGAGCUUCCUGGGUGUCAUGGUAAUGUCCAGAUGGGUGAGUGACGUCACCCUCAUCAUCAUCGGCAUGGUGUCCUUCGCUGCCGGGAUCUACUUCAUGGCCUUCGUCACUGCAACAUACAUGUUCUAUCUGGCUCGAGCCCUGACCCUGUUCGCGCUGAUUCCCAUGCCAACCAUCCGGGCUCUGCUGUCUAAACAGGUGAACGGCUCAUCGUACGGGAUCACCCUCAUCUCACUGCAGCUGUCCUUUAAGAUUGCCAGCCUGGCCUACACUCCCAUCUACACCAAGGUGUACCAGGCUACGCUGGACUGGUUCCCCGGGUUCGUCUUCACCCUGUCCAGCAUUAUCACCGUCCUGGCCACCAUACUUGUCAGCGUGGUGGGUUGCAGAUCUGGCCGGGCUGACGGUUACGAGAGGAUCCUGGGGAACUGACGGCGGCGACGAUGUGAUUGUGACGGUUUUGAGAUUGAGCCACGUUAAUGUCCUUGGUACCGCCAUCACAGGCCCUCCUCGCCGUCUCCGUGACACUGGAGCCGACGUCCGCAGCACUUACCAUGAAUGCAAUCGCUGCAAAAACGUAUUGUUGGUAGUCACACAACGCGUCUCUUGAAUGAAUCCCAAGGCCUGAGCCCAAACAACAUGUCCAACACAGGGCUGAUACAGGGCACUAUUGAAAACACUGACAUUCUCUAGAGCCCUCAAAUUCUGGACCUCCAAGCCAGUUCGAUGUUCCCGUCACUGUGAAAGAACUCCGGUUAAACAGAGCUGAAUUAACUUGAAAUACUUCACUGUCACUUUUUAAUAAAUCAUUGUUUUGCAUUCAAA